UUCCCUCUCCUCUUCCACCUCACAGUCCGUCCUCUCUUUGACGCUCGGUAAUUCCUUCUUUCCACCCUCAUUCCUUGGGUUUUUUGCUCUAUACUGCUGUGCAGUACGCAUUCCUUAGACUCCUCUGUCGACCAGAGCAUCAAUCCUUCCAAAAGAAAACAGUGACCCUACAUUGUCAACCAAAAGCAAAUCACUCCACCAAACAACCACCACAAUCCUAUAUCAAACAACUCACAUCCAUUACAAUGGCCCCUCUUUCCAAGUCUCUCGCCCUGGCCGGCACUCUCUUUGCCGCCUUUGGCUCUGCUGCUCCUGUUGAGAAGCGCUCAACCGAAGUUGUUUACCAGACCGUCACCUCCGUCGUCUGGACCACUGUCGACGUGACCACCACCAUCUACGGCGCUGCCCCUACCGAAUCCGCUGCCGCUAGCCCUACCCCCGACUCUCAAUACCAGGUGCCCGGCAACAGCCAGCCUGAGCAAUCCGUCAACUACCAGCCCUCUUCCUUCACUACCUCCACCUCCACCGCUUGGGGCGCUGCUUGGACCCCCGAGCCCGCAUCCUCCACCACUUCGACUUCCACCAGUGAGUGGGAACCCGCCUGGACUCCUGCCCCCACCAGCUCCAGCUCCACCAGUGAAUGGGAGCCUGCCUGGACUCCUUCCACUACCAGCCAAGAGCCCGCCUGGACCCCCUCCACCACCACCGUUCCCGCUGCGGCCACUACCUCGGCCUCAAGCUCCAGCGGCAGCAGUGGUAGCAGCGGCAGCAGCAGUGGAUACUCCGGUAGCUGCUCCUCCGGGUCUCCUUGCACGGGUGAUCUGACCUACUACGUGGCUGGACUGGGAUCUUGCGGCAUCACCAGCAACGGCAACACCGACAUGGUGGUUGCGCUUCCCCAUGGCAUCAUGCAAGACAGCGACUGCGGCAAGACCGUGAAGAUCACCUACAACGGUGUGACCGACUACGGCACCGUCUGGGACAAGUGCAUGGGCUGUGACAAUGUGUCGAUCGACCUGUCGGAGAAGCUGUUCAAGAAGUUCGGUACCGAGUCCGAGGGACGCUUGACGGGCGCGGAGUGGUCCAUUGAGUAGAUGGCCGGGAUGGAACGAAAUUAUUUUACCCUUCUUGUCACUCGUUGAUUGACUGAUUUAGAUAUGAUGAUUUUGAUUUCUUGUUUAU